AUGCAGUCUGCGUUUGGAUCGCUACUUGGAACUCUAGGAAAAGCGCCGUCUACAAAGAUCUUGCCGCCGCAAGUCCAGCCGCUGAACUACUCGAUUCACAAUGGCGCCUUUAAGUCCGGCAAGCAAGCACCCAAGGCCAGCAAAAAAGCACCUACACUGUCUGCCCGAACGAAGAAGGCUGUGCCUGCCACCUUAACGGGAGCUGCACUAGCAGAGUGGCUGGACACUCAAGUUCCACGUGACUGUUUGGGGCACCCAGCAAUUGUAUCCUCGUACGCAGGAUCAUCCAAUAAUGCUGACCCGUAUGCAUGUAUUGCGGGCACAUUUCUACCAUUGUGGUGUUUUCUAGACGUGGAAGAAGACGCUGGCGCGGCUGGUCAGCAUCCAGAAUUGGCAAAGCAGUUGCCUAUGAAGGCAGUGGGGCUACCGCUGGACGAUGCCACUGGCGUAGCAGGAAGCUGGUCCAGCUGUAUGGUGACAGCGUUUGACAUGUCUCUCGAUCGCUUCAUCGUCUCGUGGUCUGCAGGCAAGCGUGUGGGAUCUCCAGUGAUGCACCGUGGACUAUUGUGUAUGGAAAAGGAAGACUGCGAGGCCUUCGUACAGCGUAUCCAGCGUGCCGUGCAGCGUCGAGAGCAAGCAGAAGCAGUUUUACGGCAAUCGCUUUAUGUAGAGAAUAUGCCGAUCAGCUCGGAUACCCAAUUGGACUCGCAGACCAUCAGCAACAUUCUUCAGCUCACGUUAUCAUCGUCAUCUGUGCCUACAGACAUCGGCACGUCGGCAUUGCUCGAGGAAGUGAACGCCGACUACAUGCACACGAUGAACAAACUGAUCUUCGAAACCAACUUGAACGACAUACAGAGUGAGUUUUCUGACCUCAAACUGCCCGAAGUACCAGCUCCACCGCCUCCGCCUCAAUGCGGUGUUAUCCCAGUUCCAGCGUAUGAUUACAAUCGCAGAUUUCUGGACAUCGCAACAGACAAGUUUGUCAACUUUUCGUUUGCAGUGAACGCACUGCUGGAUGUACGUCGCAGCUGCGUGGAUGUGGGCACGCAGAAGCUCUUGUUGGAGCAGCAGCCCACCGAGAUCAGCUUCGGUGGCGGUGCUCGACCACAACCCAAGAGUGUUUCGCUGGCAGAGUUUCAUUCGUUGCACGCUCAAAUGAGCCAUACGGCGCUACGAUUCAUGCGGGAUUCCUGGACUAGAUUGGCGGCGAAGCGCAUUCAGCAGCAUUUCUCACAGGCCAAGCACCCACAUUACAACCCAGCAGAGUCCAAUCGGCAGAAAUACGUGGAGAUGCCACUUCGCCGCUUCCUGCAUCGCGUGAACUACAUGGUGGAAGAUACGCUUCGCGUACUGAUCCUGCAGAACUUUGAAGGUUAUGCAGAGUUUGUUGAGGAAAUGGCUGGUUACGUUGUGGAAGUUCGGGGGCCUAGCGAUAUUCGCGAACGUUUGUUGACAACGGAGCAUGCAGAUGAGCAAGAGUCUGACCCUCUCCAUGAAGGUGCACAUAUGCACCAGCCACUUUUCCGAGUAGACUUGACAAUCUCCCCAGAGAAACAUGUUCUGAACCAGGAAGAAGUAGACAAGCGAGCUGCCGAGAUCCGAGAAUGGUCUUUAGCCAAUAUCCAGGAUCGGUCAGCUCAGUGUCCUAUCGAGCCUUUGAUGCCUCGAGAAGGUCACCGGUUUGAGUACGCAACCAGUCCAGAUGAUUUCAAAGGCGCACUCGCUGGCCAAUUCGAUGUCGCCAUCGAUCGUUUGCAGUCGCUCGAGUUGGUGGAGAGACUUGUCAUGGAUAGAAUUUUCUGGCCUAGUCAGGAGAGCAUCGCGUGCUUACAGGACUGCGCGCAGUCGGCGAUCAAUCUUCAAGAGCAUGUGGGAGCUAUCGUUGAGCGAGCUGCUCAGCCGCUGCUCAAGUAUCUUCUCCAGUUUGAUCAGUACAUCCCGCUGCUAAACUUGGACGUGGACGAGUAUCUCAAGACGAUCAUCCGUGUACAACCGUAUGAAGGAAAGGCUGAAGGAGAAGACGGAGAGCCUGCUCCUCUUCUUCCCCCCGUUGAACUAAGCGAGCUUCGGCGAUUACUGACCUAUCACAAGAACGAAGAGGAGAGUCUUCUGGAAAUUAUUCCAUCUCGUGCGGUAAACCUUGGACUCUUUCAAGUGGACCUGACGAAUAUUCGCUUUACGCUGGCAAAGAAACAUCGCGAUUGUUUCGCUCGGUUACUGGAAGCACAAGUGGCGUACUGCUUUCAAGUAGCAGCUCGGAUCAUGGGCAAAUUUGACGAUAUCAACCAGACUUUGUCAUCAUCACCGAAAGACAUUGAGAGUUUGACUGCGCUGCAGGAAUAUAUCACGGGACUGCCGGCUCUGCUGGCGCCGCUGCAGGAGGAAAUCACUCAGAUGAUGCGCGACAAUACUCUUAUCGAUGAUUUCCACCACUACGUCAGCGACGAGCAUCUGCGUCUUACUUGGCAAGUGCAGGGCUGGCCGUCCAAGGUGCUAGCUCAGAGUGCACGCUUUAAACAUGCACUGGAGGAACGUAAGAGCAAGUUCGCGAAGCAAAUGGAGUCCGAACAGGAGCGGUUUGAGAAGACUUUGGCAGCGUUGCAAGAAGAGAUCAACACGUUCUCGCGUUACGACAAUCUAGCAUUCGUGGAAGAUGUGGCACAACAUGCCAUGUCCGUCCAGCGGAAGCUAGAGCAAGCUCAGCAAGACGCCAUGCUAUUCAACAGCCGAGAGACGCUCUUUGGUCAAGAAGUGACUUCAUAUGACGGAUUGGCGAGCGCUAAGAAGACGUUUGAGCCGUAUCACCAGCUCUGGUCCACGUCCUAUAACUGGAUUCAAAGCCGGAAAACGUGGAUCCAAGGAAGCUUCAUCGACAUCGAUGCGGAGCAGGUGGAGAAGCUUGUGGAUACGUAUAGCACUGGAAUCCAGAAGGCGUACAAGUUCUUCAGUAACAACGACAAUGAGGCGUGCGCCAAGAUCGCAGAGACUGUGAAGGAACAAAUUUCCGUUUUUAAACCCUACGUACCACUGAUUAUGGCUCUGCGAAACCCUGGUAUGCGGCUGCGUCACUGGGAAGAGCUGAGUAAAAGUCUCGGCUUUGCACUGGAGAUCGACGAGAGCUUCACGCUAACCAACGUUUUUCAACUCAAUUUACUGGAACGCAUUGACGACAUCGUGAAGGUUGCCGAAGCUGCUGGGAAGGAAUACCAGGUCGAGCAAGCGCUGCGAACGAUGAAGGGGGCGUGGGAAACUGUCGACCUUCAGAUCAUAGCGUAUCGCGAGACUGGAACAUACGUGAUCAAGGGCGUCGAUGAGAUUCAGGCAAUCUUGGACGAGCAUGUCACGAUGACACAGGCCAUGAUGUUUUCAACGUUUAAAGGACCUUUCGAGGAAGAGAUUAUCGAGUGGAACUCGACUCUUCAGCUCAUCUCGGAGGUGUUGGAAGAGUGGUUAGCGGUGCAACGCAAUUGGCUGUACUUGCAGCCCAUCUUCGAGUCUCCCGAUAUCAACAAACAGCUCCCUGCUGAGGGUAAACGCUUCGCUUCGGUGGACAAGAACUGGCGUCAAACCUUAGCAUCUGCUAAGGCCAAGCCGAAAUGUGUCGAGUUCUGUCGAAGUCAGAAGCUGCUGGAGCGGUUCCGUGAGUCGAAUCACUUUCUAGAGCUUGUACAGAAAGGUUUGAGUGACUAUCUCGAAGUCAAGCGGUCGGCAUUUGCGCGAUUCUACUUCCUUUCCAACGAUGAGCUGCUGUCCAUCUUAUCAGAGUCCAAGGAUGUCAAGCUCGUCCAGCCGCACCUGAAGAAAUGUUUCGAAGGUAUUGUCCAGGUCACUUUCGAAGACGAUCUGAAUAUUAGUGCGAUGAUUUCAGCUGAAGGGGAAAAGGUGCCGUUCUCGAGCAUGGUAGAUCCCAAGGGCAAGAACGUGGAGCACUGGAUGAUGGAAGUCGAAGACAUGAUGAAGUUAUCCAUCCGCGACAUUAUGGAGCGUGCUAUCGCCAACUACACACAAAUCGAUCGGCCGCUUUGGAUCCAAAAGUGGCCCGGAAUGUGUGUACUAAACGGCAGUCAGAUGCACUGGACGCGUGAAAUGGAAGAGGCGAUGGACGCUGACGGACGUGACGGUGUGCAAAGGAUGAUGACGCGACAGCUCGGCCAACUCGCUGACAUGGUCACUCUUGUGCGUGGAAAUCUGGAUAGUAUGGCUCGUAUCACGUGUGGAGCGCUGACUGUUAUUGAUGUGCACGCUCGAGAUGUGACGCGCAAAUUGGUCGCACAAAACGUGGAAUCGAAGGGCGAUUUCCUGUGGAGUUCUCAGCUAAAAUACUACUGGGCUGACAAGAACCUGUGGGUUCAGGCCGUGACUUCACGCCGACCGUACGGCUACGAGUAUUUGGGCAACUCAUUCCGACUGGUGAUCACGCCCCUGACAGAUAAAUGCUAUCUGACUCUAAUGGGUGCGCUUCAAAUGAUUCUCGGUGGAGCUCCUGCUGGGCCUGCUGGUACCGGAAAGACCGAAACGACGAAAGAUUUAGCCAAGGCACUGGCCAAACAGUGUGUUGUGUUCAACUGCUCCGAUGGGUUGGACUACAUCGCCAUGGGUAAAUUCUUUAAGGGACUGGCAUCUUGUGGAGCCUGGGCUUGUUUCGAUGAGUUUAAUCGUAUUGAUAUCGAGGUGCUGUCUGUCGUUGGACAGCAAGUGGUUACUUUACAGCUGGGUAUUCGUCGUGGUGACACUCGAAUCAUCUUUGAGGGCUCUGCUAUCAAGCUUAGCGAUCAGUUCGGCGUCUUCAUCACCAUGAAUCCGGGCUAUGCUGGACGAAGUGAACUGCCUGACUCUCUUGCCGCUCUCUUCCGACCUGUUGCUAUGAUGGUGCCCGAUUACGCGCUUAUUGGUGAGAUUAUGUUCUUCGCCUACGGCUUCUCGGAUGCCCGUGCACUAGGCGCAAAGAUGGUUACGACGUUCAAAUUGUGCUCGGAGCAGCUUUCGUCCCAGUUCCACUACGAUUACGGAAUGCGUGCUGUCAAGACUGUCAUCACGGCUGCUGGUAACCUCAAACGUGACGAUCCUGAUAUGGACGAGGACGUGUUGCUGCUGCGUGCGCUUCAAGACGUUAAUCUCCCCAAGUUUCUUGCUGAUGAUAUCCCGCUGUUUAAUGGUAUCAUUAGCGAUUUAUUCCCGGGGAAAUGCCGUCCGAACUUGGAUCUCGGAGCGCUGAUCAGUGUCAUCAAACUGCAGACCCACCGUUUGAAUUUACAGCCUGUGCCGUACUUCCUCACGAAAUGCAUUCAGCUGUACGAGACGAUCGUCGUGCGCCACGGACUUAUGGUCGUUGGAGCUACAGGAGGAGGUAAAUCUUGCAACAUUGCAGUACUCGCUGACGCACUCACAGAACUCAAGCGACGCGGUGAGUCUGGGUUUGCAUUCGAGAGAGUUGUCAAGUACCAGCUCAACCCGAAGUCGAUUACGAUGGGACAGCUCUAUGGUGAGUUUGAUCCUAACACUCACGAGUGGCAGGAUGGUAUUUUGUCGACGCUUUACCGCGCAGCUGCAAGUGACACAAAGCCCGAUCGCAAGUGGGUCAUCUUUGAUGGACCCGUGGACGCCAUCUGGAUUGAGAAUAUGAACACGGUGCUUGACGACAAUAAAAAGUUGUGUCUCAAUAGUGGCGAAAUGCUGCAGAUGUCGAAGCAGAUGACGAUGAUGUUUGAGGUGGAGGAUCUAUCGGUGGCUUCACCGGCCACUGUGAGUCGUACGGGUAUGGUUUACAUGGAGCCCAGCACACUUGGUCUUGGGCCUCUUGUGGACUCGUGGGUAGAGCAUUUGCCAAAGUCCGUGGCACAGUUCGGACACAUCUUCAUGAGACUCUUUGACGUGUACUUGUACGCUUCAGUGACGUUUAUUCGCUCUUUUCUGGGCGAGCUCGUGCCCACUAUGGACAACAAUCUAGCGCAGAGUCUCAUGAAUAUCCUGGACUGCACUCUAGAUCCGUUCCGUGAAAAACUGACGGACGGUACUGGCGAACCCCAGCCAGCAUCCAAAACACCCAACGCUCAGUUCAAGGACGACAUUGAACCACUCUUCAUCUUCGCUCUGAUCUGGUCUGUAGGAGCCUCUACAAACGAUGCUGGCCGAAUUCGGUUUGACAGUUUUCUGCGGAGCGAAUUGGUCGCCAAUAACAGCAAACCUCCACUGCCUCCCACUGGGCUGGUGUACGACUACUGCUACCAGCUAUCCAGUCACAAAUGGAUGCCUUGGAUGAGCACAGUCAGUCCGUACAAGGUUCCUGCUGACUCAUCUUUCGCUGAAAUCGUUGUGCCUACAGCGGAUUCCGUGCGCAAUAACUUUUUACUCGAAGAGCUGAUGAGUGCAGGGAAGCACGUGCUCAUGGUCGGUGGGACAGGAACCGGUAAAACUGUGAACAUCACGCGAUAUCUGCAGUCGCUGCCUGCUGACGUGUACAUACCCAUUCCGAUCUCUUUUUCGGCUCAAACGUCUGCCAACCAGACUCAAGAUAUGCUGGAUGCCAAGAUGGAGAAGCGUCGGAAGGGUGUCUAUGGGCCUCCAGCGGGGAAGAAGUACAUCAUUUACGUGGACGAUUUGAAUAUGCCCAAGCGCGAAAAAUACUUUGCGCAACCUCCGUUGGAGUUGGUGCGUCAGUGGUUUGAUCAAGGUGGUUGGUACGACCGCAAGUUACUUGUGUUCCGUAGCAUCAUCGACAUUCUCUUUGUGUCCUCCAUGGGCCCUCCUGGUGGUGGACGUAAUCCAAUUACCCCGCGCUUGGUACGCCACUUCAAUGUCGUGGGCUAUGCUGAGCUCGGCGAUGACAGCAAAACUAUCAUUUUCAGUACGAUUUUAGGCAACUUUUUGGGCUCAGGUUUCCCAGCAGACAUUGCUCGACUUACGGACAAUGUCGUCAAGGCUUCUAUUAGCGUUUACAAUACCAUCUGCCGCGAGUUACUCCCAACGCCAGCCAAAUCGCACUAUACAUUCAACCUGCGUGAUCUCGCAAAAGUGUUCCAGGGCGUACUCAUGGGUGAUAAUCGUCGCAUCUCGGAGGCAGACUCGCUGAUUCGCUUGUGGGUGCAUGAGUGUAAACGAGUCUACGAAGACCGAAUGAUAUCAGCGCAGGACCACGAAUGGUUCCGCGAACUCAUGCACUCGUCAGUUAAGGAUUUUUACCAGCGCGAGUACGACCAAGUAGUGACUAAUGAACACUUGAUCUACGGCGAUUAUUUGGUCCCCGGUGCGGAUCCAAAGAUCUAUGAGGAAGUUGUCGAUGUACACAAAGUCCUGAACAUCAUGGACGAAUAUCUGCUCGACUACAACGCGGAGAGCAAGUCACCGAUGUCUCUUGUUUUGUUCAUGGACGCGGUGGAGCAUGUGUCCCGUAUCUCUCGCAUCAUUCGACAGCCUAUGGGCAAUGCUCUGCUCCUCGGUGUUGGUGGAAGUGGUCGGCAGAGUCUUACGAAGUUAGCUACCUUCAUGGCUGGAUACAAGUGCUUCCAAGUGGAAAUUGUAAAAGGGUACGGUCUAACAGAGUGGCGAGACGAUGUUAAGAAGUGUCUGCUGCUUGCAGGUGUCAAGGAUACGCCAGUUGUAUUUCUCUUCUCGGACGUGCAAGUGGUUAACGAGACGAUGCUCGAAGAUCUCAACGGCGUCUUAAAUGCUGGUAAUGUGCCGAACUUAUACGGCCCUGAAGAUCUGGACCAAAUUGUGACGGCCUGCCGAGUUGAUUGCCAAAAGCGCCAGCUUCCACCUACGAAGACCAACAUUUUCCAGCAGUACAUCAACCGAGUGCGACGUAACAUUCACCUGGUAAUCUGCAUGAGCCCAUUGGGUGGAUUGUUCCGAGAUCGGUUGCGAAUGUUCCCCUCGCUGGUGAAUUGUUCAACCAUCGACUGGUUCAGCGAGUGGCCUGCAGAGGCGCUGAACUCGGUGGCUUCGGCAAUUCUGAGUGACGGUAACUUAGCGCUUGGCAAUAAACUUCCUGCGCUCGUGGAAGCUUUUAAGAUUGUGCAUCAAAGCGUGGAAGAAGCCUCCAAGCAGUUUUACAACACCCUGCGAAGAUAUUUCUACGUGACUCCGACGAGUUACUUGGAGUUGUUGUCCGCCUUCAAGUCUGUUCUAGUUGCGAAGCGUGAGGAGGUGAAUAUGAUGCGCAGUCGCUUUGCAAAAUGGAGUGGACAAACUGUCCGAAACCAAGGCAAUUGUUGCAACUAUGCAGGGCCGAACUCGUGGAGCUCCAGCCUGUGCUGGCCUGCGACUCAACUGGAGGUGGAACAAAUGAUGGUUCAGAUUGCGAAAGACAGUGCAGAAGCAGAUGUCACGAAAGCUACAGUCGAGAAGGAGGAGGCAGCAGCUAGUAUCAAGGCCAGUGCGACAAAGGAGAUCGCAGACUCUGCCCAACGAGACCUCGAUGCCGCUCUUCCUGCUCUAGAGUCCGCUCUUGAGUGUUUGAAUCGACUGAAAAAGGCUGAUAUUGAUGAGGUCAAGGCGAUGAAGACUCCACCUGCUGGUGUCAAGUUGACGAUGGAAGUGGUGUGUAUUCUCUUUGGUCAGAAGCCUGUGACUAAACCAGAUCCGGAUCGUCCGGGCAAGAAGAUUAACGAUUACUGGGAAGUAGCGCAGAAGGUGGUGCUUUCGAACGCGAAUAAAUUCUUGGAGAACUUAUUAGGCUUCGACAAGGAUAACAUUCCGGAUGCCAUCACCACCAAGGUCGCCCCCAGUAUGGAAGAUCCAAACUUUACACCAGAGGCUAUCGAGAAGUCCUCAAAAGCCUGUACCGCAAUCUGUAUGUGGGCUCGUGCAAUGUACACGUAUCACUUCGUGGCUAAGGCGGUGGAGCCGAAGAAGCAAGCGCUUGCACAGGCACAAAAAGAACUAGACGAGACGCUCGCAGUGUUGAGAAGUGCACAAGGUAAUCUACAACAAGUGAGCGAUCGUCUUGCCGAGCUGGAACAGUCCUACAACGGCGCCGUGGCCAAGAAAGAAGAGCUAGCACGCAAAGUGGUGCAAUGUCAAGUUCAGCUUCAGAACGCUGAGCGAUUGAUUGGUGGACUGGGUGGCGAAGAAGCUCGUUGGAAGGAGACCGUAGCACAGCUCACACUUGACUACUCGAACCUCACAGGAGACGUGCUAGUAUCUGCUGGUACAAUUAGUUACCUCGGGGCGUUUACUGCGGAAUUCCGUGGACAGCUCGUGGCUUCAUGGCACGAAGCUUUAGUGAAGCACAAAGUGCCUCACUCUCCUGGAUGCGAUUUGAUCCGAACGUUGCAAGAUCCCGUCAAACUACGUGCCUGGCAGAUCGCUGGACUGCCGACUGACACGGUUUCAACACAAAAUGGGAUCAUUAUGGGACGUGCACGGAGAUGGCCGUUGCUGAUCGACCCACAAGGCCAAGCUAAUCGCUUCAUCAAAAACCUUGGACGUGACAAGAAACUUUGUGAAAAUGGGAUGGAUGUGGUGAAACAGUCGGAUCGAGGAUUCCUGCGCGCCUUAGAGAACGGUUUACGCUUCGGCAAGUGGGUGUUGCUUGAGAAUGUAGGUGAGGAGCUCGAUGCAGCGUUGGAGCCAGUGUUAUUGCAGCAGAAAUUUAAGCAAGGAGGUCAGGACAUGAUUCGUCUGGGCGAGAAUGCCAUUCCCUACAACGACACCUUUCGCUUCUUCCUCACAACGAAACUGGCAAACCCACACUACGCCCCAGAGGUCUGUGUGAAAGUAAGUUUGUUGAACUUCACGAUCACGAUGAAAGGCCUGGAAGAGCAGCUUUUGGGUGUGGUGGUGCUGAAGGAGUUACCAGAACUGGCAGCCAAGAAGAACGAACUCGUGCUGUCGAAUGCAGAAGGGAAGCGACAACUGUAUGAGAUUGAGAACCAGAUCCUGUAUCUAUUGUCUCACUCAGAAGGAAACAUUUUGGACGAUACCAACCUCAUCGAGACGCUGGCGUCUGCGAAGGAGACCUCGGCGGUUGUGAUGGCUAAGAUGCGUGAAGCUGAAGAGACCGAGCGAGAGAUUGAUGCGCGUAGUGAUGGCUACCGUCCCGCGGCGUUCCGUGCUGCACUUCUGUUCUUCUGUAUCGCUGAUCUCGCUCUGGUGGAUCCAAUGUACCAGUAUUCUUUGACGUGGCAUACUGGCCUGUUCAUUCGUGGUAUCCAGGCGGCAAAGCCCUCAGCUCAACUGGAGACUCGACUCACAAACUUAAACGACUAUUUCACGUACUCAGUCUACAAGAACAUCUGUCGUUCUCUCUUUGAGAAGCACAAACUGCUUUUCUCGUUGCUGUUGACCAUCAAGAUCAUGCAGGGCAACAACGAAGUGGAUGCAGGCGAGUGGCGCUUCUUGCUUUCAGGAAUUGGCUCCAGCCCACCUGUCGAGGCGGAAAACCCAGCUGCUCGAUGGCUCGAAGCGUAUGCAUGGCAACAAAUCUGUGCACUCGCCAGCUUCCCUGCGUUCAAAGGCGUUGAGACUGAGUUCGCAACCCAUGUAGCAGUUUUUCGCUCGAUUUUCGACUCCACAGAUCCCGAAAACCAGCCCUUACCUGGAAAACUGUUGUCCAAACUGGAUGAAUUCCAGCGACUGUGUAUACUACGCGUCCUGCGACCGGACAAGAUGAUGCCUGGCAUCCAGAACUUAGUGUGCGCCAAGUUGGGCAAGGAAUUCAUCGAGCCUCCGCCGUUUGACCUCGCAAACACGUUCGAAGAUGCCAGUCCGACAACGCCGUUGAUCUUUGUGUUGUCUCAAGGUUCGGAUCCAGCAAAGGAUCUGCAUGGGUUCGCCGUAAGCACAGGCAUGGAGAGUAAGCUCAAGUCGAUUGCGCUGGGCCAAGGUCAAGGCACUUUAGCUGCGAGACUUAUUGAAGGUGCAACGACAAGGGGCGAGUGGGUCCUGCUACAGAAUUGUCACUUGGCUCUGAGCUGGAUGCCCGAGUUGGAGAGGAUAUGUGAGGAGCUGGAUCCCACUAAGCUACAUGAGAAUUUCCGUCUGUGGCUCACAAGUAUGCCGACCCCAGCGUUCCCUGCGUCGGUGCUACAAGACGGUGUGAAGAUGACGAAAGAAGCGCCGAAAGGUCUGCGUGCGAACCUCAAAAACACGUACUACAAGCUGGACGAGACGCGACUCGGCGCAACGCGAAAGCCCGACGUCUUCCGCAAGCUGCUGUUUGGGCUGUGCUUUUAUCACGCUAUUGUGUGCGAGCGGAAGCGCUUUGGAGCACUCGGCUGGAACAUCCCGUACCAGUUUAACGAGACGGACUUGGACAUCAGUGUGGCACAACUCGAGAUGUUCCUGGACACGUACGACCACGUGCCAUUCGACGUGCUGCAGGUCAUGACUUCUACUAUCAAUUACGGUGGACGGAUUACAGACGACAAGGAUAUGCGGACGUCCGACGUCAUUCUCAUGACGUUCUUCAAAGAAGCGAUACUACAGAAGGGAUACACAUUCUCAAAGAGUGGGAUCUACUACUCGCUUGACUGUGAUCCGAGGAAUGCGUACGAGGAAUACGUGAACUACAUCAACUCGCUGCCAAUCAACCCGGAACCCGAAGUCUUCGGCAUGCACGAGAAUGCCAACAUCACCAGUGCUCAAGCUGAGACGUACGAAGCUUUCGACCUGUUACUGUCGUUGCAGCCACGAGUAAGCUCCGGAGGUGGUAAGAGCCGGGAAGAGAUUAUUGCAGACGCUGCCCAAGCGAUAGCAUCUCAGCUGCCACCUCAGUACGAUUUAGAGCAUGUUCAAGCGGCAUACCCAGUCUCCUAUGAUGAGUCCAUGAACACAGUAUUAGCACAAGAGGUAGAACGCUUCAAUAAGCUUCUGGCUGUUAUGAGGAACACACUACACCUCGUGCAACAAGGGCUCAAGGGUCUUGUAGUCAUGUCUGCUGAGCUGGAAGCGAUGGGAGCAUCGCUGUAUGACCAGAAGGUUCCUGCUGUAUGGGAAGCGAAAGCGUAUCCGUCGCUUAAACCGCUAGGUGCCUGGGUGAAGGAUCUGCUUGAACGCUUGACUUUCAUUUCGAACUGGAUCGCGCACGGCAUCCCAGCCGUGUUUUGGAUAUCGGGCUUCUUCUUCCCGCAAGGUUUCAUGACUGGCACGAUCCAGAACCACGCUCGACGAUACAAGCUUCCUAUCGACUCAUUAUCCUUCCAGUUCAUUAUGAAGCCCGAGAGUGUUGAGCAACUUACAGCAAGGCCCGUGGACGGUUGCUACACGUACGGUUUGUUCUUGGAAGGAGCUCGUUGGAAUCCGGAGACUAAGGCGCUUGACGACCCGUUACCACGUGAAUUAUUCGCCAAGAUGCCUGUCAUCCAUCUGCUUCCUCAACCAAAUCGGGAGGCUCCACAACGAGGAAUAUAUCGGUGUCCGGUUUACAAGAUUCUUACACGAACAGGUACGUUGUCGACAACAGGCCACUCCACCAACUUCGUCAUGUGGCUGGAGAUUCCAGCCAAUAAACCCACGAUCUUCCGCAACUCGCUCGUGUCUGAGACCAAUUCACAAGUGCUUUUUGCCGACCAAGAGUACUGGAUCAAGGCAGGAGUCGCUUGUUUCUGUAGCCUCCGCUACUAA